UGUUUUACACCAGAUAUUAAAUGAGGCUUCCUGAUUUGGUUUUGUGUCAUCUUAAGCGGCAAUUUCUUAGAUCAGCUUCGCAUAAGUUGUUCUUUAAACGCUGCAAAACUUACUAUGCAACCACACCUAUUUAUUAUGUUAACUCUGUGCCACACAUUGGCCACCUGUAUACCACCACCCUUGCUGAUACUGCUUGUCGAUGGAAACAACUUGUAACUGACACUGAGUGUCGGUUAGCUACAGGAACAGAUGAAUAUGGCUCAAAAGUGAUGAAGGCUGCAGCCAUAAAUGAUAUGGAAACGAUAGAAUAUUGUAACAAAAUAUCAUCAAGGUUCAAAGAAAUGUGUGACGAGUUUGGGUUAAGUUAUCAUGACUUUAUCCGUACCACUGAAGAACGACACAAAGAAACUGUUCAACACUUUUGGGAAGUUGUUCAAAGUAAUGGAUACAUAUACAAAGGUAUUUAUGAAGGCUGGUAUUGCACUUCCGAUGAAACUUUUCUUACUCAGUCCCAAGUGGAAGAAGUUCACAAUAAAUCCACAGGGAAAAGCGAAUAUGUUUCCAUUGAAUCCGGGCAUGCAGUAGAGUGGACUAAAGAAACAAACUAUAUGUUUCAACUUUCCUUUUUUACUGAUAUUAUCCGAGAAAAAAUACUAAGUGAUCCAGAUUUUGUUUAUCCAUCCAAAGCAAGGAAUGCUGUUUUAAAGUUACUUGAUGAACAAAUUGGAGAUCUCUCUAUUUCCAGAGAGAGAAGUAGGGUUCCAUGGGGGAUUCCUGUUCCUAGGGACUCAAGCCAGACCAUUUAUGUAUGGAUGGAUGCAUUGGUCAAUUACCUUACAGUUUCUGGGUAUCCAAGAUCAAGUUACACAGAAAUGUGGCCAGCAGAUGUCCAUUUUAUAGGGGUGGAUAUUUUGAAGUUUCAUGCAAUUUUUUGGCCAGCGUUUUUAAUGGCUGCUGGUAUUGAACUGCCUAAACAAAUUGUUGCUAGUUCCCACUGGACUAUAGACUAUUCCAAAAUGUCAAAAAGCAAAGGAAAUGUGGUGGAUCCAUUUGAUAUUGCGGGAAAAGUAACAGCAGAGGGGUUUAAGUAUUUUCUUCUUAGGCAAGGAGUGUUGGAACAUGAUUGUAAUUACACUGAGAGUUUGGUUUAUGAAGUUAUAAAUGCGGAUCUUGUCAAUGUUUUGGGGAACUGCUUAAAUCGAGCAGGGGCUAAAAAACUAAAUCCUCAGAAUCACUACCCUCCAUUUCAUAAAGAAAUAUUCUCCAAAGAUGAAUUAGGCAACUACAUUGAAAAGCGGAUAACAGACUUGGACAUGAAUUACAUACAGCAAGUGAAAAACCUUCCUGCGGUUGCAGACUCCCAUUGCUCAAAAUUUCACUUCUACAAUGCAAUUCAUGAAAUCAUCUCCAUAGCAAGGGAAGCAAACAUGAUGGUUCACCGACACCAAGCGUGGAAGUUAGACGAACAUCCCGAUGAUCUGAAACUGUUGGAAAGCAUUGUGCAUUCAGUGUUUGAAGGUUUAAGGGUGGCUGGUAUUCUUCUUCAGCCAAUGAUUCCAACUUUGGCCACAAAACUGUUGGACAAGUUAAAUAUUCCUCUAAAUGAAAGAACAUGGGUUAAAGCUAAUGAAAGUUUUCUUGAGUUAAAUGGCCAACAUGAACAUUUAAUAGGAAGAAAGCUGGGCAACGAUACUACAGUUCUCCUCAAGCGUUUAAAGAAAUAGUGUUUUUUUUAUUUUUAAAUAAAGUUAUGCCUUGGCA